GUUGCCACCGGUCAGUGAAGUUUCAUCUGCAUUACUAUCAAGAAAAUGAAUAGUAACGUAGGAGGGAAGGCCACACAUGAAGAAAUGCUUCUGAAACAUCAGCAGUACCUGCAGAGACAAAAAGAUGGCAUGGCCUACAGGAUGAAGAAGCUGGCAGCUUUGCAGGUGGAGAUAACAAAAAAAAACAAUGCAGUGAAGGAGAAAAUCAGGAAAAAAUAUGAAGACAUGAAGCGGGUCCUGGAUGAGGAUCUUCGGAUCACACUGACCCAGCUGGACACUGAGUACGAGGCCAUGGAGAAGUUGUUGGAGGACAGGAUAGAGGACUGCUACCACCUCACUCAGGAACUGGACCAGGAAAUGUUCAACAUCGGUGCCAAUGUGAAAACACAAGAAAUUGACAUUCAGAAUGCUGAAACAGAAAAAAGAAUAUCUGAUACCCUGAAGCGGACUGACCCUGACAUGAUUCAGAUGGAUGAGUUCAAGAAUGAACAACUACUGAGCCUCACCAUCAACCUGCUGCUUUUCAUCCGAUCCCAGGUCCCUGUCACCAAGAAACUCUUUCAGACCUAUGCUGCAGAUGUUGUCCUUGACGGUGACACUGCUCACCCCAAGCUGAUCAUCUCUCCCAAAGGCGACUCAGCCACCUACACAGACACCUGGCAGAAUGUCCCAGAGACUCCCUCCCGUUUUGACACCACCCUAAAUGUAGUCAGCCGGGAAGGCUUCAGCGAGGGCCGCCAGUACUGGGAAGUAGAUGUGAGUGGGAAGACCUACUGGGAGCUAGGGCUCACCUACCCGAGCAUCCCGCGCAAGGGACGCGAUGAGGACUCCUGGCUGGGCCGAGGCAAAGAGUCCUGGUGUGUGGAAUACUUUAACGGAGACUACACAGCCUGGCACGGUGGUGUCCAGCAUGAGCUGACUCUGCUGGCAGGAAAACAGUUCACUCGCAUCGGGGUAUACUGCAGCUUUCCUGGGGGUUUGGUGUGCUUUCUAGGAGCUGAUACCAUGACCCCGCUCUACUGCUUCUGCACUGGGACUUUCACUGACACUCUACAUCAAGCAUUAUGUCCUGGCCAUGACAAUGAAGGCACAAACUGGAAGUCCAUUAAGAUCUGCGAUGCCUCCCGAUCAGCUCCUGUUCUCUGAGGUGGGGCAGGAAUGCCACUGGGGCAGAAAUAUGUUGCCCUGUGCAUCAGCUGCCUGAUCCGACAUUCUUAAAUUGUGACAUUGGAUCACCUCCGGGAACUGUGCGUGUCAGGCUAGUCUAAAUUUAUCAGAAGGAAUCUCUUUUUUUGACUCACAGAUCAUGUUGUUUAUUUCCAGCCAUUCAUGCUUUUCUUUGUAGUGGAUGCGCCAAAGCUAAUGUGACGUUAGAGCUGUUCUUCAUACUGUAGCAAAGGUUUUAUUUGUAAUGCUAUGAUGAGUCAUGGAAUUGCAGAAUUGCAAAAGACAGAAGUUGAAUUGGCAAAGGAAAAAUAAAUAAAUAAUUUGGUUA